AGGCAAGAGCUUUCCAAAAUCGCAUUUAAUUUCGCAUAAAUACUCCAUUACUUUCCCUAAUGUCAACUCCUCUAAAUUACACCUCUAAUCUACUUACCAACAUAAAGGAAAUUCGGAGAUAAAAAAGCCGAAGGGUAUUAGCAAAAAAAGGAAAAAGAAAAAGAAGAGCAGAAUCCCGUGUUUUGCUUGAUGCCAAGGCUUCCUUCCUUUACCAUUUUUUGCCUUUUCUCUUCUUUCACAAACUCCAUAUUUCACCCAUUUCUAUUAAAACAAAAUGCUUACCAAUUCUCAAAACCAUCGGAAAAAGCUCUCCGCCGCCGACGAUUGGAUUUCCGAAUCCAUCAAUGGCGGAUCCUUACGCCACGUCGACCUCCAAACCGGAACCAACGGCUGGGCUUCACCUCCUGGCGACCUCUUCUCCAUCCGUUCCACAAACUACUUCACGAAACGCCAGAAAUCUCCCGCCGGCGAUUACUUGCUCUUUCCCGCCGGUAUGGACUGGCUGAAAUCCAUUUCUAAACUUGAAAACGUCAUGGCGCGUGAAGACAAUCGUGUCUCUUCAUCUCUCCGUCGAGCACAGUCCGAAGGAAAAUCGUCUAAGAGCUUCAUUUUCGCCGUUAAUCUUCAAAUCCCUAACAAGGAUCAAUACAGCGCUGUGAUCUAUUUCGCCGCGGAAGAUCCGAUUCCGACCGGUUCGCUUCUACACCGGUUCAUUCACGGCGAUGAUUCCUUCAGAAACCAGCGGUUCAAGAUCGUGAACCGGAUCGAAAAGGGACCGUGGGUUGUAAAAAAAACUGUCGGGAAUUAUAGCGCCUGUUUGCUCGGAAAAUCGUUAACGUGUAGUUAUCAUAAAGGUUCGAAUUACUUUGAGAUCGAUGUGGAUAUCGGAAGCUCGUCAUUAGCAAGCGCGAUUUUGCGAUUGACAUUGCAUUAUGUAGAUUCCGUCACGAUCGACAUGGGAUUUGUGUUGGAGGCAGUGACGGAGGAUGAGUUGCCGGAGAGAUUAAUCGGCGCCGUUAGGGUUUCUCAGAUUCAGAUGGCGGCGGCGACGGAGGUUGAAUCGAACGCGGGAACGCCGCGGCGGUUAGAGAAUGGGAAGACGGAUCAGCGGCGGGAGUUGAGUAACGACGAAAUUGAGGAAAAGGAUUUGUGAUGGAACUCGUUUUUCGGAUCGAAUGUUCUUCAAAACGUAAAUAAAUGAAUGGAAUCAAAAACAACAAAUCCUAAGUUUGGAAGUUUUCAAUUCUUUUUUGAAAAUUAACAUUGAAUUUGAGUAAUAGAAUUAAUAAACUCACCAUUAGAUUUUGAUGAAAUAUGAUUUUUGUUAGGAUUGUAUUAAGUGGAUUA